AUGCGAAGUCUUAUUGUAAUUUUAAUACUUUUUCCAAGUAUUCUUGGGACAUAUAGUUGGGGGGACAACUGCCCGAGCGAUGAGCACAAAAAUGUGAGAAUAUUAUGGAUCGAAUACGCAUCGUUUUACAUCAAGCAAGAGAGCAAUGGUACGCUGACGGGCAUCCUUCCUCGGAUCAUGAAAAACGCGUUAAAAGAAUGUUGUGCUCGCUUGAACUACAGCUUUGUAAAAGUGAACUAUCAAAAGAACGCCAAACACGCAAGAGAAUCUUACGGUGCAAUCCAAAACACAAACAACACUAUAUUUGUCAUGUUUCCGUCCCUGGUCGGUGUCAACGAUCCGUCUGCUUCGAUUCCGUUUCUUUUUAUACCGAUAAAAAAUUCGCCAGGACCUAUGAUUUUAGCAAGCACGAAAUCACUUGCAAACGACGCGGAUUCAUGGUUUUUCUUCGAAAUGUGGUUUAAUCCAGUCUUUUUCCUCAUUCUGGCUUCGUGCGCGUCCGCUGGUGUGGUUUUCUGGUUGAUGGUGGGUAUAUUUUAGCCUGUGUUGUAUAUUGAGAAAGCUUAGGAUUGAUAGGGAUACAGCUAGCUUAAAAAUACAAGGAUAAUUUCGACGUUUUGAGCGACUUCCUCGGGGCGUUUGUAGCUAUAGGCGUCAAUUUCACAUCAUCGAUGAUAAUUUUGUGUUUUAAUUGACAGUUUUUACUAUUAUUUUAUGUUCCUCGACCGGUAAAUGCAUUUAAAAAGGUAGGUAACUGUAUAAACUAGAGAGUAAAGCCAAAACAAAGUAGUUUGGAAAGGAACGCCAAAAAUAUUUUAGGUUUUGAACGCUAUUCAUCGCACAGUAUACGCGACAUAAAAAAUAUUGCUUUUUAAUAUAUAAUGAAUUAUUAAUGUGAAGUGAAUAAAAUAUGAAAAAGCAAUAACUUUUUCCGUAAAAACAUAAACAUGCAGUAAUAAACAGUAGCUGCUUGAGGCCAAAUGAAAUACUGGCGCCUACAUCUACUAGGAUUUUAUCUAAUUAUUCUAGUCAGGUUGAAAACGUUGGUGACAAACGUUGCGCCCAAAAGGUAGAAAUUUCUAGAAUUUCAUUAGAAUUUCAUUUCUAGAAUUUCGUAGAAUUUCAGACAUUUCUAGAAUUUCAGAAAAUUUCUAGAAUUUUAGAAAUUUCGUAGAAUUCAGAAAUUUCUAGAAUUUCGUACAAUUUCAUUUCUAGGUAGUUCAGGCACAAACCAUGAGGGCAUACUAGUAGAAAAGGUUUCUCGAUCAAAGUGUAUUGAGAAAACAAAAUGUACAAAAAAUCUGAAAUUCAGAUGUUUUAUCUUCUAGGAAUUUCGAGAUACAGAGAACAAACCUCAUUCUCCAUUCUCUAACUUCAUCCGAGAAAUGGGAAACAGUCUUUGGUUCUCGAUCGUUACCAUGACAACAGUCGGGUACGUCAGCUGACGUCAGCAUGCUCCUGUAAUGUCAGUGGACCAAUAAGUGAUCCCGAUUAUAUACAGGUUCACACUAUAGGAAGAACAGUUCAGAACUGAUAGAGCUACUCAGCAUAAAGAAAGUUAGUUUAGUUUAGGUUUCCUCCGGUAGUAACACUGGAUCAACAUGAGAUGAUUCUUACUGGACCUCUAGGAAGAACAAUUUAGGACUGAUAAAGCUAUCCAGUAAAAAUAAAGUUAGUUUAGUGUAGCUUUCCUCCUGUAGUAACUCUGGAUCAAUAAGAGAUGACGCUUACUGGACCUCUAGGAAGAACAGUUUCGAACUGAUAGAGCUAUCCAGUGUAAAUAAAGUUAACAGUUUAAUUCAGUAUGAUACCAAAUCUAAUAAUUUCACAUCAAAACCAACCUUACACUGUAGUUAUGGUGACAUAGUUCCAAGGAAUCCACUGGCGAAGUUUCACGCUGUACUGUGGAUGUUAUCUGGGACAGUUCUGACAUCAUUAUUCACAGCUCACAUCUCCAGCGCUAUGACAACACUAAAUUUCGACGAAAGCAAGAGUCUGUUAGGAAAGAAGGUAAAAUAGCUUACACAUCUCUAGAUCUUAGUAAGGCGUAGUGCAAACGUCGUGCCCAUCACGUGCAGCCUAAUAACCUAAACUCGUUGUUGAACUCAUUUGAACUACACGCAUAAAACCCUCACAGCUUGUCAAUAAGAUGUGUUCGCACUGCUUGUUCCCAGUUGUUGACAAGUCUGGAACAAAUUCUUAUCAUCUUGUAACAAGGUUGAUGAGGCCAACAGACUUGCAACAAGUUGUUCCAACAAGUCUGAUAUCCUCUGCACAACAUAACCUUUCAACAAGUUGAUGACAACAAGCUCACAGCAAAUUGUUACGAACAGCCUGUAUUAGUCUUGUUGGAACAAAUCGUGGCAAGUCUGUUACCGUCACACCGUGCCGUCACAAACCUUGUAACAAGGUGAUACCAACUUGUUCUACACUGGAUGCAUUAAUGUUGUAAGCUUUACACUAAGUGGGAUCUUUGUUUGUCAUAGCUUGGUGUACUUCACGGCACACGAAUGUUCUUUGAAAAUGAAAUAAAUUUUGGAGCAAUGAUGUCAGGUAAUUCGCAAAGGAGAACAGUUUAGAACUGAUAGAGUUAUCCAGUAUAAAUUAAGUUAGUUUAGUUUAGGUUUCCUCCUGCAGUAACACUGGAUCAAUAAGAGAUGAUCCUUACUGAACCUCUAGGAACAACAGUUUAGAACUGAUAGAGCUAUACAGUAUAAAUAAGGUUAGUUUAGUUUAGGUUUCCUCCUGUAAUAACACUGGAUCAAUGAGAGAUGAUUCUUACUGGACCUCUAAGGAAGAACAGUUUAGAACUUAUAGCUCAUCCACUAUAAAUAAAGUUAGUUUAGUUUAGGUUUCCUCCUGUAGUAAUACUGGAUCAAUAAGAGAUGACCCUUAGUGGACCUCUAGGAAGAACAGUUUAGAACUGAUAGAGUUAUCUAGUAUAAAUAAAGUUAGUUUAGUUUAGGUUUCCUCCUGUAGUAACACUGGAUCAAUAAGAGAUGAUCCUUACUGGACCUCUAGGAAGAACAGUUUAGAACUGAUAGAGUUAUCCAGUAUAAGUACAGUUAGUUUAGUUUAGGUUUCCUCCUGUAGUAACACUGGAUCAAUAAGAGAUGAUCCUUACUGGACCUCUAGGAAGAACAGUUUAUAGAACUGAUAGAGCUAUCCAGUAUAAAUAAAGUUAGUUUAGCUUAGGUUUUCCCCUGUAGUAACACUGGAUUAAUAAGAGAUGAUCCUUACUGGACCUCUAGGAAGAACAGUUCAGAACUGAUAGAGCUAUCCAGUAUAAAUAAAGUUAGUUUAGUUUAGGUUUCCUCCUGUAGUAACACUGGAUUAAUAAGAGAUGAUCCUUACUGGACCUCUAGGGAGAACAGUUUAGAACUGAUAGAGCUAUCCAGUAUAAAUAAAGUUAGUUUAAAUAACAAUACUCACAACUUUUCUUUCUUCAGAAUACAAGGAAGACGAUAUCUUCAAGGCUUUGGAGCAAGGGAAUGUUUCCAGGGUGUUGUUACCAGAUUUUCUAGAAGCGAUGUAUUAUUUCUCAAACUCACAUCGUGAAUAUUUCCACGAAAGUUUUCGCAUCGUAGACACCAUCCGACACCCAUUCUCGUUUGGAAUCUCAAUCGCCUCUGUCCAUGACUUGAACGCCAAGUUUACGGGCUGUUUAAGAAUGUGGUUGAAAUGGUCUUACAUACAGGUAAAACACGAUAUGAUUACGUGGUAGUCCAGUGUAGGUAAUAUUCUACAAUAAGCUGUCGUGGUUUGUGUCUGAACUACCUGAAAAAGAUAUCUCAAACGUGGUGGUCCAGUGUAGGUAGCAUUCUACAAUAAGCUGUCGUGGUUUGUGUCUGAACUACCUGAAAAAGAUAUCUCGAACGUGGUGGUCCAGUGUAGGUGGUAUUCUACAAUAAGCUGUCGUGGUUUGUGUCUGAACUACCUGAAAAAGAUAUCUCAAACGCGGUGGUCCAGUGUAGGUAGUAUUCUACAAUAAGCUGUCGUGGUUUGUGUCUGAACUACCUGAGAAAGAUAUCUCAAACGUGGUGGUCCUGUGUAGGUAGUAUUCUACAAUAAGCUGUCGUGGUUUGUGUCUGAACUACCUGAGAAAGAUAUCUCAAACGUGGUGGUCCUGUGUAGGUAGUAUUCUACAAUAAGCUGUCGUGGUUUGUGUCUGAACUACCUGAAAAAGGCAAUUAACUAUUUGGCAACGGCCUAAGAUAUUUCAAUUUUUUCAGGCAGUUCAUACACAAACCACGACAGCCUUCGCUCGAAACGUCGAGUGUCUGCUUGUUUUUUAAGGUAGUAAUAUAACCACUCAGCACAGCAUUUUCACAUUGGUACUACCUACACUGGUACAGACAGUUUUAGCUUACUAAUGCACUGUGUCUACCUUCUUAGGACAACAACGUGGAUUACUCUGCAAUUGACGCCAACUUCAUCAAAAUGCAUUCCCUGGAAGUGCUCGCAGAUCAGCUGUUGACACGUAUGACAUUGUACGCUAUCAUUCUUGCUGCUAUUCUGCUGGGUCUUUGUAUGAUCGGAUGGAUUGUCAGAACAUUGCUGCAAAGAAGACUUGGAAAAACAGAUUCAAAGAAUGAAACGAAAACUUAAACUAAACCACCUUUAUUUAUACUGGAUAGUUAUAUCAGUUCUAAACCGUUCUCCCCAGAGUCAUCUCGUACCGAUCCAGUGUUACUACAGAAGGAAACCUAAACUAAACUAACUUUAUUGAUAGUGGAUAGCUAUAUCAGUUCUAAACUGUUCUGCCUAGAGGUCUGGUAAGAGUCAUCUCUUGUUGAUCCAGUGUUAUUACAGGAGGAAACCUAAACUAAACUAACUUUAUUUAUACUGGAUAACUCUAUCAGUUCUAAACUGUUCUCCCUAGAGGUGCAGUAACAUCAUCUUGUAUUGAUCCAGUGUUACCACGGAGGAUACCCUUAAAGUUUCAGAAAAGGUUUCCGUAUAAUGUAGAUAAAACUUAACACUGCACAAUCAAAUGUGAACUAGCUUUAUUUAGAUUAAAACUAAAGAAAGAUUUUUAAAAGUCCUUUGCACAUAUAACGAAUGUUAUUCAGAACAAUUGAAAUCCUGUUGACUCUUACGAGACCCUUGUCCUGUUGUCAACGUCAAUAUUCUUUAUUAAUAAUAAUGUAAAUAUCGACAAUACUUUAUUGUACAUACAUAUUAACUGUUUUCCUAGCUCCGUACUUGUAA